CUGGUUCCCAGGGUUAUCGUUAUACGACCUCACAUGACGUGUGUAAGCUGACCAAAAUGGAGUUGAUGUAUUUUACAAUCCUUUUGGGAGUGUUGGUAGCUCCGUCAGUGGCAACAACGGCGUGUGUGGCCACUCUCCAUGGAAUUUGCGUCAGCCUCUAUGCUCAGACGGUUUACUGUCCCCUCGGAGAUUCCUUCACAGUAAGCUUCUGUGGAUUUAUGCAGGGAUGUUGUUAUCCAACAUACGUUACCUCUGGUAUACAUGGCAGUUCCGGGUCACAUGGUCAAACAUCAAGUCCCCAAAUCUCAUCCGGUACACCAGCCUCGUUAUCAGGUUCCGGAAGUAGUUCGGCAGGUAAAUGUGGCACGAGUUCCGUAGCGCACACGAAGAUUGUGGGAGGUACCAUUGCUACCCCUGGGGAGUAUCCCUGGCAGGUGUCGCUCCGUUACGCUGGUCAACAUAUGUGUGGGGGUACCCUCAUCAGCAACCAAUGGGUGCUCACGGCCACACACUGCUUCGAGGAUACCGGUACGUCACAUUGGACAGUCGCUACUGGGAUACAUGAUCGGAACCACAUUUACACCAGUCAGGUUCAUAGAGCUGUGAACGUCAUCUCACAUUCAGGAUAUAACAAGGUCACCCACCAUAACGACGUCACGCUAGUAAAGUUGGAGAAGCCGAUAGACACGACCUCAACUAACAUAAGGACAGCCUGUCUACCACAACAUUCACAAGUCUUCGAUAACGCCAUUUGCACUGCCACUGGCUGGGGAACGACAUACUUAGGUGGCCAAACCACCCGCUACCUGGAGGAAAUCGACCUACCUAUCAUUGCGAAUGCACAGUGUCGAUAUAUCAUGGGUGGUGCCGUGACUAACUCCAACAUAUGUGCUGGCUAUAGCCGGGGACAUGGUGUAUGUAAGGGAGAUUCCGGCGGACCACUCGUAUGUAAAGUAAACAAUCACUGGACCCUGGCGGGAAUCACGUCCUGGGGGUACGGGUGUGCCGAGGCCCACACCCCGGGGGUUUACACCAGAGUCUCCUCGUUCCUGGAUUGGAUACAUUCAACCAUGAGUCUACACUAGGUUGUUUAGACUAGUGCUAACGUCAAAUUUAAUUGUUAAAACAAUAAUGGUUAAUAGAUUCUACUCCGGUAAAGUGUA